CUGCAGGUGCGAGAUGUGGUGAAGGAGCGAUUGCACUACGAUACCCGAGUGACGGUGCUGGGCCACGUGCAGCGAGGUGGCAGUCCGUCUGCCUUUGAUCGUCUUCUGGGAUGUCGAAUGGGCGCUGAAGCAGUGCUUGCGUUAAUGGAAAUGACGCCAGAGUCAGAACCUUGCGUUAUAUCCAUCGAUGGAAAUACUAUUGUUCGAGUACCACUAAUGCAAUGCGUCCUUCGAACUCAAGCGGUGAAAAAUGCAAUGGAUCAGCAUGACUGGGCUACAGCAGUGAAACUCCGCGGUCGAAGCUUCCAGCGAAAUCUAGAAACUUAUCGUCUAUUAACGAAGCUGGAGCCGAAGCAGCAGGAUUCUCCCAACGCACCCUCAUAUAACGUCGCCGUGAUAAAUGUUGGAGCGCCGGCUGGAGGAAUGAAUGCAGUGGUGCGCUCAUAUGUUCGCAUGGGCAUUUAUCAUCGAUGCAAGGUUUAUGGCGUAAAGAAUUCGUUUGAAGGGCUCGCAAAGGGAGAUCUCAAGGAAAUGAGCUGGGGCGAUGUGAACAACUGGGUUAUGCACGGUGGAUCUUUUCUGGGCACUCAGAAAGUAACGCCGGAAAAAAUCAUUGAUCAGGUUGCUGCAACGCUAGAGAAAUUCAAAAUUCACGGCUUGCUAAUCGUUGGCGGUUUUGAGGCCUACCACUCCUGUUUACUGCUCUCUCGUGCCAGAGAUAAAUAUCCAGCGCUUCGUAUUCCGCUUUGUGUAAUUCCUUGCACUAUCAGUAACAAUGUGCCGGGCACUUCUCUGUCGCUAGGGUCUGACACAGCAGUGAACGAGAUCUGUGUAAUGAUCGACAAAAUCAAGCAAUCGGCAACUGGAACCAAAAAGCGUGUAUUCAUCGUGGAAACAAUGGGCGGAUACUGCGGAUACCUUGCUACCCUUUCCGCACUU